AUGAUCCAGUGGGUAUAUGUGACUUGGGUGAUGGGACAAAUGCAUCAGUAUGGAUCACUGUCAGCACUGGUGGUGUCACUGAACCCAAGUCAGACUGUCCGACCAUUCCUCCCAUUCCUCCAACUACGACUUCAAAGGCCCCCCCCCAGCACUGCUAGUGUCACUGAACCCGAAUCAGAUGACCCGCCCGUCUCUCUCAUGGUACCUAAGCCAGAGUCAGAUGGGAGUAUCACAGAGCCGGAAUCUGAUGACAUCACUACAGUGUCACCUAUCUCUGAGUCCACAACUCGUCUUGACCAUCACCGUUCACUAUACUGGAAAUAUUUCAUCAAGGAGGAAGAUGUGAGGAUGUAUGACCACUCUGGGACAGACAAGAGUUUUCAAGCUGUGCGACAGAUGAAAAAAGAAUUGCAGGCACUUAUGGAUGCAUAG